AAUAGUGAAUCCGUAGAAACAAAUAACAACAGUGUUGACACAUUCAGCACAGAGUGAUUUCGAAAUUGACUUUUGUCUAAAACCCCAUAAAGGAAAAGAAAAGGAGAAAUCGACUUUCCUCAGUUCGUAGGAGACGAGGAAUUAAAUGGUAAAUCUUCAAACUUGAGGAUUUCAUAAGAACAGGAUUUCUUCCGAGAAGCGCAAGAGCGAGUGAGACUAAGAUGCAGUUCUCGGAGAGACUGAUUGAGGAAUUUCUACGAAGUAAUCUUGAUGAUAAAAAAGUUCGCAUAAAUGCAGAUGCCAUCAAGAUGGUUGCAGAGUUAGCAAGAUUAAUAGUGACAGAAGGAGCAACAAGAGCAGCUCACCAAGCAACAACAGAAGGUGCCGACACUGUUACACUUCAGCACAUGGAGAAAAUCCUUGCUCAGUUGCUCUUGGAUCUAUAGUGGGGAGAAGGAAUAGUAAAAAGAGCAUGUUAUAUGAACAUUCCACUAGUGAGUAGUAUUCUCAUAAAUUAUGUGAAUUGAAGCCUACAAUGGCACUUUUUUUCCCAUUAACCCAUUGCCGCCGGGGAAAAUGAACAAAAAAUGGGGGAUAUGCAGUACUCUUUUUUUAUAUUUUUGUGAAAUAUCUCUGUCCAUAGAUGGCUCUGCUAGUCCUGAUUUCACCUUUGCUUUAAUUGGCAGGGAAAAACGUAUUUUUAAUAGUGCUAUAAAUAUAGAUGGUGUUAUUCUUAACAGCAAAUUAGGAUAAAGUUAAAUAUUUUCGUAAAUCGAUGAAAAGGGUGAACGGGCGAGACAGGCAGUACUCGUAAUUGGCUCAUUGGAUACUUAGUACAAGUGUAGCCAUCUAUGUGUAAAACAAUCGAACAAGUCGACUCACAGUGGGCAUGGCAUGUACGUACAUGCCAUCCCCGGCAGCAGUGGGUUAAAAAGGGAAAUGCAAAAACAAAUUGUGUAUUAGAAAGGUAGUUGGACAUGAUAUAAUGUCUGAAGGAAAGAUCCUCUGUAUUCUAAUAUUUGCUUCACUUCACAUGGCAAUAAAUGAAUUCCAUUUAA